AUGGUAAACCCGACGACCACUCUCCUCUGGGAUCACCUAGAGUAUCUGCCUCUUGCCAACCAUUUGGCUGAAGAGGAUCUCAUCCUUCUCUUAACACCCGUCAUUGAGCCGCCGGGUGAAACGCCCCCAUCCCAGGAUCCCUUCGAACCCCUAGGCCGGGCUAUAGCCACCCAACAUCCUCUCGUGCGGCAUGUUCCAUACACCAAGAACGGCGGCAUAACGGAUGCCCACAAAGUCUUCAUCGAAAGAUGCAAAGCCAUCAUCUUCGUCAUUACAGGCCCUCCUUCGGCCAAAGGGCCCUCGCAGGCUAGCCUGGCCGCUACAGCCUUCCGGAUUGGCGAUGACCGACCCCAGAUUAUACUCGCCUGUUGUGACUUUUGCGCUCACAACCUUCAGGCCGAAUCUUUUCCAACCGUCAUUCAAGCAACAUCUCUCUCACCUCCGUCACUUAUCGAAGCUGCCAGCUUUCUCUUCCGAUCACACGCCUCUCUAAGCCCGCCACAAGCCUUACCCAAAGUGCCCAUCCAGUUCUGGUCCCCGAACCGUGACCUCCCUGCCAUAACGUCCCUCUGGCGCGCCUGCUUGCCCGCCUGCUUCCAUCUCCCUCAACAUGUUCUGGCGCCCCUCCUGCGCCGCGAUGGCUACGCCAUGCACUUGACGGUCCGUGAUCCCCACUCAGACGCCCUGAUAGCCUUUUGCGCGACCUACACCACCUACCCUUCCACCUUGACCUCAAACCUCCUCGGCUCCCUGGCCCUGCUCCUCGUCCACCCGGACCAUCGUCGUCGCGGUAUCGGCACCGCCCUGCACGACGUGGCACUCGCCCAACUGCGCCGGACGCCAGGUGUGGAGGCCCUGCUACUGGGCUCUGCCUUCCCGCGACUCCUCGCCGGCGUGCCUAUUGAUGCCGGCAGCAAGGAUUGGUUCGCCGAGCGCGGAUGGCGCGACAGCGGGCCCGCCAGUGAAGUUUCGGACUGGACCGUAUCUUUCGACGGGGCACCACCACAUUCCUCGCCAGUAGUUCCCGGUCUCGACUUCCGGCCCUGCGACGAGGGGGACCUGGGCCGUGUGGUGGCCUUUGCGGAGCAGGGUGAUGGCGGCAUCCGCCAAGGCAAGCGGUCCGGCUACGGCGAGCAGUUCUCGCGACUCGAGGGCACGACGCACGUCGAAGACGUCAUGGUCGGGUACCAAGGACGCGACGUCGUCGCCGCGGCGGUCCUCUACGUUCCGCGCGACGGCAGUCCUGCCGCCGGCGACGUGCCGUGGGCCAGGACGCUCGGCGAGGACGUGGGAGGUCUGACGUGCGUGUGCGUCACGAGUGAGAAGGGCCGCUCUUCUCCGGUCUCCGCAUCACACCCGACGACCCGGCGGAAGAGCGCAGAUGGGCCACCUGAAGCCACGAGCGGCGUCGAUACCGUCUUGUUGGUCAGUCUGAUGGGUGCGUGCAUGGACCGUCUGGCGCAGAGGGGGAUGAAGCACAUGCUUCCGGCGCUGGGCAACAUAUACGAUGGGCAUGCAUAA